CUCAGCCCAUGUGCAAUCCUGGCUCCCAGCAAGUCCCUGGGGCUACUUGGUCAAUGCAGCCCUGUGUGCAGGCCUGGCAGCCCUGCCACCCCCGCCCUCGGCCCCCAUUGGCUGCCACGGCCUGCAGUGGGCUGCACCAGGGUUCAUCCGUCCUCCCUGGGCAGACAGAAUAAGAGGCUGCCUCUGCCCACCAGACCUGCCACCCAGGACCCGCAGCAGAGACGAGGCCUGCAGCAAGGAGACCAGGAAGGGGUGAGACAAGGAAGAGGAUGUCUGAGCUGGAGAAAGCCAUGGUGGCCCUCAUCGACGUUUUCCACCAAUAUUCUGGAAGGGAGGGAGACAAGCACAAGCUGAAGAAAUCCGAACUGAAGGAGCUCAUCAACAAUGAGCUUUCCCAUUUCUUAGAGGAAAUCAAAGAGCAAGAGGUUGUGGACAAAGUUAUGGAAACACUGGACAGUGAUGGAGAUGGCGAAUGCGACUUCCAGGAAUUUAUGGCCUUUGUUGCCAUGGUUACCACUGCCUGCCACGAGUUCUUUGAACACGAGUGAGAUUAGAAAACAGCCAAGCCGUUCCCGUAACAGAGAUGGUCACACAAGAAAGCAGACAGCAAGGGCUUGCGGCCUAGUAGGAGCUGAGCUUUCCAGCCGUGUUGUAGCUAAUUAGGAAGCUUGAUUUGCUUUGUGAGUGAAAAAUUGAAAACCUCUUUCUAAAGGCUGUUUUAACAGCCUGCAUCAUUCUUUCUGCUAUAUUAGGCCUGUGUGUAAGCUGACUGGCCCCAUGGACUCUUGUUAACAGUCACUUAGGAGUCAGUUCUCAGUGAUAAAGCGUGCACUGUGCAGCCCGCCAUGGCCGUGUAGACCCUAACCCGGAGGGAACCCUGGCUACAGAAAUUACCCUGGGGCACCCUUAAAGCAUCCGUUACCUUUAAAAAACAAAGCCUUAUCCAGCAUCAUU